AUGAGUUCCGUCUUUCUUGAUCGUUACGAGCUUCCACCGCGAAGGGCCUCUACGAAAAUUAGCGAUAAUUAUGUUAACAAAUGGUCCGCAGCCGAGCGGCGGCGAAUUGACUUUGUCCAUUUGUUGGCGAACGAUACCUCACAAUGGUCCAUUUGCCAUAAACCAGCCCGAGAGGAGACGCUUAAAAUGUCUCGCUCCUGCUUCUGA